AUCUCGACUGUUCGUCCAACGGAGACAAAACAAGAAUUAUAAUUAAAACAUAAAAGGAAAGAGAACGAGGAAACGUUCCUCUCGCUCGCUCGCUCGCUCGCUCUCUGACGAUCUCCGACCGAAACAGGCGGAGAACCUUCGAGCUCUCUGCUGUUGGGCGCGAUCUGGGAUCAUGAGCGGCAUGGGGCUUCUCAAAAUCCGACCCUCGGAUCUCAGAUUCCCUUUUGAACUCAAGAAGCAGAUCACUUGCUGCGUGCAACUGACCAACAAGACCGAUCGGUAUGUUGCCUUCAAGGUCAAAACAACCAAUCCGAAGAAGUAUUGCGUGCGCCCCAAGACGGGAAUCGUUUUGCCCCGCACGACAUGCAGUGUUACAGUCAUGAUGCAAGCUCAGAAUGAAGCACCGCCUGACAACCAAUGCAAGGACAAGUUCCUUAUUCAGAGUGUUGUGGCAGCAGAUGGAGCGACGACCAAGGACAUAACCCCUGAAAUGUUCAAUAAGGCACCUGAUAAGGUAGUUGACGAGUUUAAGCUGCGGGUUGUUUAUAUUCCUGCUAAUCCUCCCUCACCAGUUCCUGAGGAACCAGAAGAGGGAUGGUCGCCAAGGUCAUUAGAUAAUGGAACCCAAACUCCAUCCUUGUUUGACAAUGUAUCAAAAUCUCAUGAAGAACCAUCAAAGGGAAAACUUCCAGAGGCAUUAACUAUGAUUUCCAAGUUAGCUGAGGAGAAAGGUCAUGCUAUUCAGCAAAAUCAGAAAAUUCGACAAGAGCUGUUUUGGUUGCAGGAGCUGCUUAAGAAGCAAAGAAAUUUAGGUCGCAGUGGUUUUUCAGUGGUGUUUGUGGCAAUUGUGGCUUUCUUGGGUGUUCUAUUCUGGUACACUAUCAAGAAGACUUAGAAGGAAAAAUGAACUUAGACAAAUUACACCGGAAGUAUGGUCUAUGGUAAGCCUCGCGUCCAUCCGCCCCCAGCAUGGAGUGUCUCAGAGGGGGAGAAAACAGGGAGGAGGAGGAGAAGAAGAAAGGUUUAUUUUUUGGGGCAAUUCAUAGCAUUUGAAGAGGAAAUGACCUCUUCAUCUUUAGACGACUUUGUGAUUAAACUCAUUGAUUGUAUUUCGAAUUUAAAUCCCUGACAUGAUUCUAAAUUUUAAACAAAGUAUUUAGGAACACA